UACCUGGCACCCCAGCUCCCUGGUUCUCUCUCAAUCAUGAACGGAACUUGCUGCCUCAUCAAAGGGGACACCAUCGCCCAGGUGAUGCCUCCCUUGCUGGUCCUGGCAUUUGUGCUUGGAGCCUUGGGCAACGGGCUCGCUCUGUGUGGCUUCUGUUUUCACAUGAAGUCAUGGAAACCAAGCACCAUCUACCUGUUCAACCUGGCCGUGGCUGACUUCCUUCUGAUGGUGUGCCUUCCCUUUCGGACUGAUUACUACCGGAAAAAUCGGAAGUGGGUCUUUGAAGACGUCCCCUGUCGAGUGGUACUAUUCAUGCUGGCCACCAACCGGGCCGGGAGCAUCGUGUUUCUCACAGUGGUCGCCAUAGAUCGUUACUUCAAGGUGGUCCACCCGCAUCACACCUUGAACACCAUCUCCAACCGGACGGCGGCUUGCAUCACCUGUGCCCUCUGGGUAGUGGUCAUCGCGGGAACUCUCUAUCUGCUCACCGAGAGCCACCUGUGCGUGCAGGGCAACACGGUGUCUUGCGAGAGCUUCAUCAUGGAGUCUGCCAAUGGCUGGCACGACAUCAUGUUCCAGCUGGAGUUCUUCCUGCCUCUGGGCAUCAUCUCCUUCUGCACCUUCAACAUCAUCGGGAGCCUGAGGCAGAGGCAGCAGCUGACCAGGCAAACCCGGGUGAAGAAGGCCACUCGGUUCAUCGUUGUGGUGGCCGCCGUGUUUGUCACUUGCUACCUGCCCAGCGUCUCGGCCAGACUGUAUUUUCUCUGGACAAUCCCUUCGAGCGCCUGUGACGGGUCUGUGCACGUGGCCCUUCACGUCACCCUCAGCUUCACCUACAUGAACAGCAUGCUGGACCCCCUGGUAUACUAUUUUUCAAGCCCUUCAUUCCCAAAAGUCUACACCAAAUUCAAGAUCUGGGGUCUAAGACCCAAGCGUGCGGGAGAGUCAAAGGCACAGAACCCAGAAGGGACGCCAACAUCAAAACUCUGCCCCAAGAGCUGUAUUGGCAUGGAGGAUAACUCCAGGAGCCAUCCAGAUGUUCAGUGGGACCUCCAAAUAUUUUGAAUGCCAUGCCCCAGCAGAAUUCAUUGGGACACCAAAGACAAAAAGAUAGGUGAUAUGGAAGUAAUUUGUGGGAAGAAAGUGGGGGCGGGAGGGAGGGAAGAAGAGGAGGUUGCCUUGGAAAAUACUGCCUUCCCUAGGGAUGUCUUCAAGAAAUGGAUGGAAUCCCCGCUAUUAAACCUCUUUGCCACGUUCCAGAU